AUGAUUGUUGCUAGGGACACGGAUUGGAGGAGCGAAGAAGAGAAUGCCCGAUCCACUAAACGUAGGAGAUCGGCUGGGGAAUCCAACACCACGGAUCUUAGGGAUUUCUAUGAUCAGAUCGCCAGUGGACAUGUUAACGGUCAGAUUCGGAGUUCUUGGUUGGCGAUUCUUCAUCGCAUUAGCAUGCAUAACAGGGAUUCUGGCAUUGUCCAGCCCAAUAUGGAAGUCUCUGCUGCUAUCAAGUCGCUGAGCCGACAAUUGAUUCAAGCGAAACGUCGUUUGUGGCCUGCUGCUGAACGAUGCGCCGAAGUCACGGGCAGCCGACCGGAACGAGAGUUUGGCGAAGCUCGAAGAUUCUGCAAUCCAAUGGAACCUUUAGGUGAAGGAAACCAAGGAGGUCUGAAUCAAAUGUUCAUGAAUCGGGCUGCUAUCAAGCUUGCGAAUAUUGAUGCAAUUUUAGGGUUCGCGCUUACACAAGUCAACUCAGAGAACUUUUUCUUUGCCGACUUGUGUGGUGCUCCAGGGGGGUUUAGUGAGUACCUACUGAAGCGAAGCCAAGAAACACGAACAUCUGGCUUUGUCAGGGGAUAUGGAAUGUCUCUUGUCGGUACCAAUGAACAUGGGCAUGGGACAGGGUGGAACUUGGGUCAUAUCAAUCAUCAAAAUUUAAGCUAUCAAGUCAGCGGAGGUGCGGACGGCUCAGGUGACAUUUACAAUUCGGAAAACGUCAAAGCACUUUCACGGGGAAUUGAAUACGAUAUGCAUUUUUCCAAAUUGCGACCGCAAAAGAUGCACUUGGUCGUUGCUGAUGGCGGGUUUGAUGCCCAAAGAAACUCGGAAUGUCAAGAAGAGCUAGCGACCAAGCUAAUUUUGUGUGAGAUUGCAGCAGCUAUGUAUCUCUUGCAGCAGGGGGGCACUUUAGUUAUCAAGAUGUUUGGAUUCCAAACCAAUACGAUUAGAGUUGCCAUGAGAGAUUUGUUUGAUUUCUUUGACGAGUUGACCAUUCUGAAACCAAUCUCCUCAAGGCCCGCGUCAGCAGAACGAUACGUCGUGUGCAAAGGCUACAGGGGAAUGCGCGACUUUGACGGGACCGAGUGGAUGAACAGUGUCUUUUUGAGACGAGUGACACCGCAAGACAAGAUGCGUUAUGCACAGUUUGAUAACAAAUUGGAUGAGUUUGACAUGGACUUGCUUCAGCUCAAUCUCAAAGCCUGUUUUGCCAUCUUAUCGCUCUUGGAACGAAAGGCGGCGGCACAGAGCUCUUGGCAAAUCUCAAUGCAAGGGGGAGGGGCACCUUGGGACUCUGAACUUCCACCUUUGAACGUGGAAUUCUACAGACAAGCAUGGAGACUGUAA